GGAUUUCGUAUACACUAGGCCCUUCAUAUUGAAUCCCUACUUACUUUUUGCCCGAUUCGAUUGGCUUGCUCAGUAAAGGGAAUUCUGCUCUUAGAGGGCUUGCUCUAUAAUGCGAGCCGGACGUGUGCUAGGCAGCUCUGUAGUGGGGCUGCUGUGUACCGUAGGUCAUGGUGCCAGAGCUGCUUCACCUCCCGUGAAGGUGGCCUUACGGUCUUCAUGGCCCUCUCCACCUUUCCUGUUAGAGUUAAUAGAGACAAUCGCGCUCGAAGAUCCCUCUGCAUAUUUUCCCGUCCUGGACAUCCUCACAGACCCCACAACCUUACCCUCCACAACUCCUCUCUCACACGAAGCUCUCCAUCAACUCGCCUUUCAGUCGACCGUUUCACUUGGAUAUCUGUCAAAGCCCGGCGCACCAGAAUAUGCGGAGAUGCAACUUGCAUUGCAUGCUGCGACACCCAAAAUAGAGGCUUUCUACCAGCAUUACACCGACACGACCCGAGGAAGAAUAUUGGAUACUGAGCAGGGUGAAGAGGGCGGUGCGAAGUGCGGAAGUUGGGUGGACUGGUAUGGUGAAGUUGUAUGUGAUGUGGAACGGUUAGCGCAUUUGGCUGGUCCAGAGACGAUUGACGCGGAGAGUUAUGAAGGGUCGGCCCAUUCAGACAUGUUCCCUCGUCCUCAUAUUCUCCCGUUUGACCAUAUAUACCCUGCACUCUCUCAGUCGUCGAUACACCCUCCGCGUACGGCUAUCUUCCAUGCCGACCUUUCUUCACCCAAUUUCCGAGAACUGCAUACCUACCUCAUGCGGCUAUCUUCGGCACCAUCUCCUCGUAUCGAAUAUGUCUUCAGGCCUAUCCCUCCACCGAAUCGAGACUCGAAAGAAAAGACGUAUCUGUCUGGGUAUGGUGUGGCCAUGGAUUUGAAGAAAAUGGAUUACCUGGCCCUGGAUGAUAGGCGGUCUCGUGGUUCUCAAGAAUCCAGCCAAGAGGAAAAGAAUAGCGAGGAAGACAAGCCUGGAAUAUCUCUACGCUCUGAACAGAUCGUUUCCCUCAUCGAAAAAUAUCCACUCAACACAACUCUCGAACCCACCGAACCUCUGACCUCGGAUGAGCUCAUGCUCAUCGGCUUCCAAGCAACCCAACUAAUCGCCGAUUCGCCGACACCUUUCUCCACCUUGAAAGAGCUCAUCCAAGACUUUCCUCAAUACGCUACCGCCAUCGCACGCCACGUCGAGGUCAGCGAAGGGCUAGCGGUAGAAGUAUACAUGAACUCGCAGAAGGCGACGCCAGGAACCAGUAUGGUUUGGUUGAAUGGCCUUGCUGUGGGAGAUGUGGACAUGAACCCUGCCUCGUUAUUGAAGAUACUACGCAAAGAACGCGACUUCAUGCUCUCGCUCACCUCUCUCGGCCUCUCAUCCUCACAAGCCCUCGACCUCAUCUCCCACAACGCUAUCGAGGCCGCAAAUGGAGGCAGUGACCUUCUCGACGGAUUAUUCGAUGCUAGCGACAGACCUGAAGACGGUGACUUGAUUCUGUGGUGGAACGAUCUCGAGAAGGAUAGUAAAUACGCGAGGUGGCCGCCCAGCAUCUUUGCUCUCAUGCGCCAAACCUACCCAGGCCAAAUGCCCGCCGCCCGUCUCAACCUCUUCAACGUCGUCCUAGUCCUCGACUUCUCCCAACCCGGCUCUCUAUACUACAUCGCGAGCACUAUCUCCAAUAUCAUCCAGCGUGGGAACCCGAUUAGGUUCGGUGUCGUUCCAAUGGCGGUGGAGGGGGAGAGGAAGGAGGAGGGAGAGAGAAUGGCGAGGUUGAUUUGGUAUCUUGUGGACAGGUAUGGGAGGGCGAAGACGAUGGGGUUCUUGAAGAACAUCCUCCAACUCCCAAAACCUGCAAAGGACCUCCCCACGAACAUCGAUUGGUCACUCGUCCGCUCCGAGUUCGAAUCGCUCCAUGAACAAUUCCCGCCGCUCAAUGGAACCACUAUUCUACCGUACGAUUCCGUCAUCACACCCAAUGCGAACGCAGGCGCAAGUGAAGGCCAAGAUGAAGGAAAGGAGACAGAGGCGGAGCAAAUUUAUGCAGUAGAGAUGCAUGAGAGGUUGGAGAAGGCGGCGACGUAUGGAAAGAGGUUGGGUGUGGUGCCUGCUGUAGGGGUAAAGAAUCCGAAAGGGCAAGCGUUCGUGAAUGGGAGGCACUUCUAUAUGAACGAUGCAUUCUUGUCAUCGCUCCAAGAAGAAGUAACCAAGAUGAUCCAGUUCUUCCAGCAGCAGAUCUACGAAGGCCUCAUCACCGAAGAGACUGCCGUCGGCGUCGACUUCUCUACCUUUUUCUACGACUUCCCUAGUACGCAGGCGAGGAGGAAUAAGUAUGUCUUCCCGAAGAGCGACGUUAAGAUCUUCAGCGUGCCGAAUUUGUUGGAAAAGGCUGGGGCGGAGGAGUUGGGCGAUGUAUUUGUUUAUCCAGAGGCUGAGACGGUGCCGAUGACGGUCUACGUUGUUGCGGACCUCGAUAGUCCGAAGGGCUUGUCCGUCGUCAGGAACGCUCUUGAAUUCGCGGAAUCCUCCGAAGUCAGACUCGCGUUUAUCCACAAUCCCAACUCCAGCACAUCCGGCUCCGCAGGCGCGCAUCACCAAAUCUCAUCCUUGUUCUCCCAUCUCCACGCGAAAUCCUACAACGGCGUCACGCCUACCCGUCUCCUUCGAGCCCUCGGUCUCGAUCACACACACUCCCGUCAUACAUCGGAGCAAAGUCAGCAUGAGCAGAUUGUGUUGAGCCCGAGCACUGACGAAGCGCUGCACGAGUUGAUGAAUGGGGUCGAUUUGGCUGAGGUUAUGAAGUCAGGUGUGUAUGAGGAGUUUGUUGAUGUGGGGAAGAGAGUGGUGAAGGAGCUGGGACUGAGCGAGGGAGAGGCAGGGUUAGUUGUCAAUGGACGGCUUGUCGGGCCGUUCGAUAGCGAUGAAUUCGGCGUCGAGGAUUUCAAAGUCUUGGAAUCGUACGAAAUGGCCAGGCGAGCUGGACCUGUCUUGGAAGCUUUGGAGUCCGUAGGGAUCUCUUCUGAGAAUCUUGAUCGUGCAUCCUACGCCAACCUCGUCUCCUCGGCGUCUUCGAUCAUUGCCAACAUGCACAUCCCUGACCCCUCUGAAGCUGGAUUGUUCAACACACCGCCGACGACUAGGAACACGAGAUAUAAACAUAUGGAGGGAAAGUACUCUGCAUUCGAAAUGGGUGAUAGCGAGACGGCGUUGCAUCGGUUUGCUGUCGUUCUAGAUCCGUUGAGUGAGCAUGCCCAGAGAUGGGUCAGUUUGUUCGAGUGGAUGCUUUAUCUUCCGUCCGUCCACGUCACAUUCUACAUUCAUCCCGCAGCAUAUAAUGAGAUCCCUCUGAAACGCUUCUACCGUUACAACCUCGUUCCUACCCUCGACUUCGAUGACAAUGGUCGCGAGCUUCCCACCACAGCUGUCUUCGACAAUCUACCGAUAGAUCCCAUCUAUACCCUUGGCCUCGACGAGCCUUCUGCAUGGAUUGUCCGACCCCGUGAAGCGCUCUACGACCUCGACAACAUCCAACUCGGCGUCCUCUCCGGCGAAGAACGGAUCCGUGGCGUCGAAGUCGUGUACGAACUCGACUACCUCGUCGUCGGAGGUCACGCUCGCGAUCUCUCUUCCAGCGCUCCGCCGCGCGGCCUCCAACUGCAACUGACCACAUCUGACGGCACAGCCAUCGCCGAUACCCUCGUUGCGGCCAACCUCGGCUAUCUGCAAUUCAAGGUCACGCCCGGCGUGUAUCAGUUGCAGAUCAGGGAAGGACGGGGCAGAGAUAUUUUCGAGAUGCAGAGUGUCGGGAAUGAAGGAUUCGUUAGUCCAAGCGUGGAGGAAGUUGGUUAUGAGGUCACGGUCACGAGCUUUGAAGGCCUGACGUUGUAUCCGAGGUUGGUAAGGAAGCCGGGGAUGCAGAAUCAGGAUGUGUUGCAUGUGCCUGAAGAGGAAGAGGAGCCUAAGGGUAUCGUUGGGGACAUCAUCAAUAAGGUUUCGUCGUUAUUCGGUUCUUCUAAGAGCACCGAGUUGGCGGUCGUACCUCAGAGGCAUGCUGACAUCAACAUCUUUACCGUGGCCUCGGGUUUGCUGUAUGAACGUUUUGCCUCUAUCAUGAUUCUAAGUGUCCUGAGGAACACAAACCAUACUGUCAAGUUCUGGUUUAUCGAAAACUUCCUCUCUCCAUCCUUCCUAGAAUUCAUCCCCCAUUUUGCUGAGGAGUACGGCUUCAAAUACGAGCUCGUGACCUACAAAUGGCCAACUUGGCUCCGCGCCCAACGCGAGAAACAGCGUAUCAUAUGGGCCUACAAGAUCCUCUUCCUCGACGUUCUCUUCCCCAUGGACCUGGACAAAGUCAUAUUCGUCGACGCAGACCAGAUCGUCCGUGCGGAUCUCAAGGAGCUGAUUGACCUAGAUUUGCACGGAGCCCCGUACGGAUAUACGCCUAUGGGAGACGAUAAUACAGACAUGGAGGGCUUCAGAUUCUGGAAGACUGGAUAUUGGGCGUCGUUCUUGAGGGGCAGGCCGUAUCAUAUCAGUGCACUUUAUGUCGUCGACCUUGUUCGCUUCCGUCUGAUGGCUGCCGGAGACGUUCUUCGAAGUCACUACCACCAGCUGUCGGCAGACCCUAACUCUCUGUCCAACUUAGAUCAAGAUCUGCCGAACAAUCUGCAAGCUCAGGUCCCGAUUUAUUCGCUCCAUGAGGAUUGGCUUUGGUGUGAAACAUGGUGCAGCAAAGAUCGACUUGACCGCGCCAAGACCAUCGAUCUUUGCCAAAAUCCCUUGACUAAAGAGCCCAAGCUUUCGCGUGCGCGUCAAAUUCCAGAAUGGGAGGAAUACGAUUCAGAGAUUGCACGAUUCACCCGAAAACUAGCGGCUGAGGGCCGGAUACACGCCAGUGCAGCUGCCGCUGAUAUCAACGAGCUCGCGAAUUCAGCUUCAUCCAUACCUACCGUAGAGAGCGAAUCGUCGGACGUGAAAGACAUGGGGGAGGAUGCAGCGAAGGAUACAGAGGACAGUCAUGCGCGGGAUGAGCUGUGAGGAAGUAGAGUAUGUUGGUACAGAAUCUAUGGAUCGUUUGUCGUGGGGUGUCGUAAGAUAUGCUUGCUUUGAAUGAGCG